AUGUUUUUUGGAUCCCGCCAACUUUCCAUACAGUCCACGAAGUACAUCGGCAUACUUAAGGAUGACAAUAUAGCUGAAAUUAUUGCAACUAAAAACAUCCAAAAUUUGUAUAUUUCGAUUGGAGAAAAUCAAGAUAAAUUUAGUAAAUUUAGUAGGCCUAUUAUUUUUAAUGAUAUAGCAGCAGAUGGUGUACAUAUAAUGCACGCUGCUGCAUAUUAUAAUGCAUUGGAUAUUUUUAUUUACCUUCACAAAGUUGCAAAGCUCGAUCUUCUUUUACCAAAUGCUCAUGAUGAUAAUCCUCUACAUUAUGCUUGCGCCAAUGAUGCUUCUGAAGUUGUUGCUUACAUUUUAAGUCAAAUGACUGAUGAAGCUUUUCAAAAUGACUCCAAAAAUCAUCAAAAAUAUCUGACUUUAGCAGCUAGUUCCAAAUCCGCGCGUUCUAUACAACUUCUCUGCCUAAAAGGAAUAAAUCUUCAUCUUUAUGCAGAAAAAGCAAUACAAAGAUCAACUCUAUUAUGUGAUGCAGCUUCAUUAUCUAUCCUACUAUCGCAUCAUGGCCAAAAUAAAUCACAAACUGCACCAAUUAAUUCAGCAAUUGUUUUAGGUAGAUUAGACAGCUUGAAAAUACUUGUUGAAAGCGGUCUUAGUUUAGAUCAAGAGGAUGACCAACAUUUCCUCCCACUCUUUAGGGCUUUGAACGGAUAUUGCAUCAAUUACGAUAUCGUAAAGUUUAUUUUGAAGUAUGCUACUGUAUACGAUAUCGAGGCACAAGAUCAGAUGUCUGCGGUUCAUUUCAUCUGCAAAGGAAUGAAUGCAAAAAUUGCAAAGGAAAUCUUAUCUCACAAUAUCGAUGUGAACAAGUUUGAUGAGUAUGGUAACCCGGGGCCAUACUAUUUCUUUAAUAAAAAUCCAGACCAAGCUGUCAAAAUUCUUGACAUGCUUUAUGAAAGAGGUUUCAACGUUAACAUUAAAAAUAAGAGUACCGGGAACCUCUAA